AUGUCCAUCGCCAUCCCUCCGCUUCCAAGCAGCAGCCAGCGCUCCGAGAGCAGGAACAGCAAUCACUCCCGAUCCGUUUCUGAAGCCUCGGUAGCGGUCUCUCGGCCAGGUGGCGGCUCAUCGCACAUUCGCAGUCGGCCAAGUCUCGACAUUUCGCCGAGUCCCAAACCCCCAGUUCAACUCGACGAGGCCGAGCUGCGCGCCAAGCACAUUGCUGGGCAACUCGCCGCCGAGAAGGCACAGAAGGAGCGCGCAAGGGCCGCCGAAGCUAUCCGCCAGCAGAACAAGCUCGCCUCUGAGCGCGCCGAGUUGACCGGCAACACCAGCUUGGGCAGCGCAGCGGGAGCGAGUAUUCGGCGAUCGGAAAGCGUCCUUCGUUCCGAACGUGAGCGUGCUGAGCGCGAAAAGGCCGCCCGCAUGGACCUGGAGCGCCAGCAGUGGCUCGCUCGCGAGGUCGAGCGGGAGGCCCGCGUAAGUGCCCAGCAGGAGGCCGAGGCCAAGGAGAGGGCCAAAGUGGCAAAGGCCAAGGAGGAGGAGGAGGCUGCUGCUCGUCGCCGAUCUCGUGAGGUCAAGGAGAUCAUGGAGCGUGCCGAUGCCGAGCGGCUGGCUCGCGAGGCCAAGGCUCGCUCCGAGCGGUUGGCCCGGGAGGCCAGGGAAGAGAGGAAGGAGACUGAACGGAGGGAGGCGGAGAAGGAGAGGAGGGAGGUUGAGCGGAAGGACAAAGAGAGACGUGAUGUUGAGCGUUAUGAAGCAGAGAGGAGGGAGGCUGAGAGGAAGGAGAAGGAGAGAAAAGAUAUGGAGCGGAAGGACAAGGAGAGGAAGGAGGUGGAGAGGAGGGAGAAGGAGAGGAGGGAGAAGGAGAGGGAGGCCGAGAGGCGCGAGGCAGCCGAACGGGAGCGCAAGAACAAGGAAAGGCAACAACAACAGCAACAACAACGCGAUGAACAAGCUCAACAGCAACGUGCGAUGGCUCCAGACAAUGCCGCCUUCCUCGAAUACCCGCACCACGACAAGCCAGUCCCGGAGGGCACCAAAUACAGAAUCGAAGGAUGCCCGUGCUGCACCGCCGCCCCCCGUAUUGUCGAAAUCCCUCCCGGCAACCCCAGCAACUACGAGCCCGACCCAGUCAUCAGCCGGCAACGCAGCCAGCGUAAGCGCCAACUCGAACUCGAACAACGCCAGGAACAACUCCGCCAGCAACAGCAAGCAGUCGGUCCCAGCACCAACAACCGCCACUCUAGCGCCAUCCCUGGCACAAACGCCGGCCGCAGCAGGCAGUCAAUCGACUACCUUGCUGGCGGCGUCAGCCUCCAUGACUAG